AUGAGGCAGGCGCAAGCGCUGCACCCAAUCGACCCCAUCCACUCUUUAUCCACUUCUAUGAACUCCGCAGCAGAGGCUUCGAGCGAGUUGUUACCACAACGUGUUGGCCUGGGACCCGCCUACGGCGCGCUCCUCAUCUGUACGUUCAUAAGUCUCAUGCUUUAUGGCGUGGCGCUGCACCAGGUGUACCAAUUUACCUUUCUUGACGGCUCGAACAGUCGACUGGUCAACUACUACGUCGCGGUACUCGUCGUGCUCGAUGCCCUGCAUACGGUCUUAGCAAUACAUACGAACUAUCGAAAUUUUAUCUCAAAGUAUUUUACGCCUGAUAGUCUCGCGGACCCCCUCUGGUCCCUGAACCUGCAGCCAGUCAUAACGGGGACCAUCAUAGUGACAUGCCAAAUGUUCUUCGCUCGGCUUGGCAAAAUGUAUCAGCCGCUUGUCAAAUAUACGGGCGGGAUGUUCGUCGUGGAGCUCGCUGCUGCGAUAGCAUUCACCUGGAUAGCCUUCAAACAGGACAGUGUGCAUGAUCUGAACAACUUCUCGUGGUUACAAUCCGGAGGUUACGGCGUCGUCAUCACCGCCGACGCUAUCAUGACUACCGUGCUCGUGGUGGCUCUGCAUCGCAGCCGGAAUGGAUUCAAGCGGACGAACUCUGUACUCGACCUCCUAACGGCAUAUGCGAUCUGCACAGGUUUGAUCACUCUCGUAUUUGCGACUAUGUGCUUCGGCAGUGCUGUCAUUUCUCCGAAUAAUCUGCUCUUCGGCGCCCUCGACCUAGUCUGCGUAAAAAUCUAUAUCAAUUCCGUCCUGGCCGCACUGAAUGCCCGGUCGACCCUUGCGGCGCUCGACGCCGGGUUCCAAGACCAAAGCACGCGGGACAUCUUCCUCGGCGUCAUGCCGCGGCACUCGUCUCAUACCAUCGUAAAUGGAUACGGUUCACCGGUGCGUUGGCACUCGGGGGAGGACCCUGCGGAAGCCGAGAGCGCUGCGCCCACCGCAAAGCCCGACACCGAGACCGAGACUGCGGACUCGGUCAUCGAUAUCAUGGCGGCCACGAAGGUUAUGACAUGGUAA